AUGCAGGCGAAACUGAACAAACAACAGAGAUACAGCAUCAGUACAGCAUCAGUACAGCAUCAGUACAGCAUCAGUGCAGCAUCAGUACAGCAUCAGUACAGCAUCAGUACAGCAUCAGUGCAGCAUCAGUGCAGCAUCAGUGCAGCAUCAGUGCAGCAUCAGUGCAGCAUCAGUGCAGUAUCAGUACAGCAUCAGUACAGCAUCAGUACAGCAUCAGUACAGCAUCAGGCUGGAGAUGUUCCCAUAGCUGGCUCUCCUGCACUCCCCUUCCCUCCGACCUCCCUCCCCCCUCCCUCCUCUUCCCCUCCCUCCUCUUCCCCUCCCUCCUCUUCCCCUCCCUCCUCUUCCCCUCCCUCCUCCUUUGCUCUUCAGUAA